UUUUUUUCUAUCAAUUACACUGUAACAGACACAGAAAGGUUUGAGAGAGAGGACGUCUUUAGCACCAUCGAGAAGGCAAAUAAAGGAAGCAGAAAACUGAUGCGUCAUGGAGACAUCGCGGUGAAUGUGGGACGCAGCGCCAUCCGAUGCCCAGACAGAACCUGUUAUUGGCCAAAGUCAGCUGAUGGAUUAGUUUAUAUCCCAUACACACUGUCUGCUGUAUACACUCCGCAAAAUGUGUCACUUAUCACUACUGCCAUGUUGGAGUUUGCGUCUCUUACAUGCGUUCGUUUUGUGCCACGUACCAACGAGAAAGACUAUCUCAAUAUCAUCUCUGAUAAAGGCUGUUGGUCAUUACUGGGAAGAAUAGGAGGUGUUCAGGAUCUGUCUCUGCAAACAGUUGGUUGUUUGACUCAUGGGGUCACUCAGCACGAAUUGAAUCACGCCGUAGGUUUCGAACACGAGCACAGCAGGAGUGACAGAGAUUCUUACAUCGUGGUCAUGUGGGACAAUAUACUGCCUGACUAUAAAGGAACAUUCAAUAAAACUGACACCAAUAACCUUGGCUUGGCGUAUGACUACUCAUCAGUAAUGCAAUAUGGAAAAUAUACAUUCAGCAUAAACUACCAGCUGCCAACCAUCAAACCCAUACCCAACAACUUAAUCCCAAUCGGACAGAGAUACGGGCUGAGUAACCUGGAUGUAGCCAAGAUUAACAAGCUCUACAACUGCAAUGUUUGCAGUUCUGUCCUAUCGGACGACAAAGGCACCUUAUUCUCCCCCACCAAAUCAAAUUAUUCGAACAACAACUGUUCUUGGCUUAUUCGCAUCCCAUCUGACAAGGUACUAUUACAGUUUGAAGCAUUUAAUGUUCAGGUCUCCAAAGGUUGCACUGCAAAUUAUAUAAGAGUUUACGACGGACCCAGCAGGAAUUCUGCUUUGUUACUGGAUCGAUUGUGUGGAACAGGGCAGCUGCCAUUGGUGGUUUCCUCUAUGAAUACAAUCUUGGUUGAGUUCAUUACUGAUAAUUCUGUGAGAGCAGCUGGCUUCCGUGCUUCUUAUACAACAGUUAAAUGUGGAGGCACAUUCAUUACACCCAGCGGAAAUGUCUCUACCCCAGGCUUCGGGAACAGCAAGCUGUAUCCACCAUUCAGUAACUGCACCUGGAGUAUUAUAGCCCCAGCAGGAAAUCAGGUACGGUUGGAAUUUUUCGACUUCAGCUUGGAGGACAGCUACAAGUGUUCCUAUGAUUAUAUGGAGGCUAUUGAUGGGAUGAUGGCCACUUCAACACAGGUCGGGAUUUACUGUGGCACAAGGAAGGUUUCCCCCAUUACAUCCACAAACAACGCCUUGGUGCUCAGGUUUUUCAGCGAUGCUUCUUCAGAGUCCACUGGGUUUCAGGCAAGAUAUUCUUUUGUUUCUGCCAUUUGAAGGAGGGGUAAAACUUUUGGGAAACUAACCACAGAACGUUGAAUCUUGAAGACGACUCCAAAUGUGAUUUCCCAUUCUGGCAUAGCUACCUUUCUUCUAAGUAAAAGGAAAUGGAAACACAAAAUGAGUUUCAUGCUCAUUCACAUGUCAGAGUUGUUGGACAUUUCUAACCUCUGCAAUUUUUGGAGAAAAUCUAUAAACAGGCCAAUAAUGAUCAGGAGUAAAUAGCAGCAAAACUGGCUAUCGGUAUAUACAUAUGGGUCCUUCUGAAUCUCAAUACAUGGCAGUAUAUUAACCACCACGCUUAUGGGGAAGGGAUUCUGAUGUUCAUGGC